CUUUGUCUAAGGGAAGUUCUAAAAUACACAGAGUGGCUGGAUACACGUCUCUUUCUCAUCACUUUAGUGCACUGCUCUGAAGCAACGGUCUUUUCUGGUUCUUUUUGGCAAUUAGAGAAAAACUACACCAUGGUUAGAAGGAUUUCAUUCUUCAUCUGUUCCUGUUUCCUCCUCCUCUGGACAGGUCCAGGUGGUUCACGUUCUGAAGAAGAAUCUGGUGUGAAAACUACUUCAUCUCCAAGUGUCACAGAAUCACAGAAUACCAGUUCUUCAAAUAUUGCUUCAGAUGUAGCAACAAGUUCUACCACCUCUGCUUCACCAUCCAGACCUACAAAUGUAUCAGGUCCUGAUUCUUCAGAUAAAGCUUCAGAUGUAGCAACAAGUUCUACCACCUCUGCUUCACCAUCCAGACCUACAAGUGCAUCACUGAGUCCUGAUUCUUUAGAUAAUGCUUCAAGUGUAGCAACAAGUCCUACCACCUCUACUUUACCAUCCAGAUCAACAGCAUCACCAAAACAAACCACUGUUAUUGUAAACAAUCCGAUUAACACCUCGUCACCAACUCUAGAGCCAAACAAGUCUAUCACAUCUUCUCCCACUGGAAAACAAAGUCACAACAGAACUUCUACCAGCCAUCCUACUUCACAACCAGCAACAUCAAAAGCUGGACUUGGAGAUAAGGCAAUGCUUGUAGUUUCAGAUAAAAAUUACUUGUGGAUUCUGGUGCCUGUUCUGAUUGUUGCACUGGCAGCAAUGAUAUACCUUAAAUUCAAGUGUAAAAAAGUCCAGAGUCGGCCAGAAAUGGCUGACAUUGGAACAGAGAAUGCUUCUUUCCAGAGGACAGACAGUAACAAAGAUGGUGUUAUGCUGUUAGGAGUCAGUAAGACAUCAGUUGGAGAGGACAAUGCUGCUGCAAGAUAAGUGGAGUCCUGCAGGAGAAGAGGCUCUAAUGAAAAAUAUCGAGAGAGGAACUGAAGAGAAAAUGAGAGAUGAAAGCUUGCCACAAACACCAAAGAUUUCUUUCUUUUUUUGUGUUUCAGGACAGCAAACAGGAAAUAUACUGUGUUAGGACAUACUCCAUUAUUUGAAUAGGAUUGUAAACUCUAAUUCUCCACAGCUUUGCAACUUUGCUAUAGUGUAAAUGAAAGUUGAUCACAGAGUUGCUGCAGUAUUUUUUACACAUAAAUUUCCAAUUUGUAAUUUUAACUUUGUGAUUAUAAUUUUUUUUUAAUGCGUGUUUUAGCAUUAAACUAACUGAACUAACUGAUUGGUAAUUGUUUCAGUUUUUUAUUGUAUUAUAUAUUUUUGGUUAAAUUGUGCUUCUUUUUUUUCUUUUUUUUUUGGUCUGUGUAAUUUGUUUGCCUUCAAAUGUUGGGCCUUUAGUAUAAACUGACUGUUCUGUGAGUGAUGCUGUUCAGUACCUGCCAUAUUAACUAUGACUAUAGUUUUUAUUUGUUUUAAGAAUUUAAAACAAUUCAAGCGAAUAAUGUGGUUUUUGUACCUUUGCACUGCCUAAAAUUUUAAAAGAUUAUAGGAAGUUUAGAACAAAUGACAGCCUGGAUUUUCACUACUACCACUGAGUUGAUAAUGCACUGACUGACUGCACUUAUUAUUUAGGGGUCAUUAAAAUAUAUAAGAGAAAAUUA